GAAUGAACGACAGCCGAAUUCACCGGAACAUGAAGAUCGCUCGGGAUGACAGCGCCGCAAAACUCGGCUGCAGUGACUGAUUUGACUUUCUAUUCAACGCAUCGGUAAGGAUAUCAGAGCAAGCUCUUAUUUUUUCACUCGAAGGGCGGCCGAUGUAGUUUCUGAGGCUUGCUUUACGGUGAUGACCGGAGAUCGCCAUAAUGAGCGAGCCGCGAUGGACUUCCGCAUGAUCAUAUUCGCUCAGACAUCGUCAUGAUUAGUAUGAAUUUUAACAGUUAUGCCAGUUUGGUUAUAUUUUUCAUCAUUUCUGUUUUGUUCUGUUUUGUUUUUGAACACUGAACUUUAUAUACUAUACGAGUGUUAGCUGUGUUUGAUUUUUAUCACCGUGCGUAGGCUUGCAAUCUAACUGAGCGUGAAAAUCUUUAAAACUCGGAAUGUCUAUUUUGUUUUUCAUUUGAGGAUUUUCGUAUCUGCUCACGUUUUAAUAACGUAAAUUACGGCGCCUGGUAUGUUUACAAACCUUUGUUUGGUUCUUCUGUUGCUACUUGCCGGCUUGCUUGUUCUGAAAUUUUACUUUCAGUUAUCGGAAAAAAGCUAAAAAGUAGUCCCGGAAAAGGUCGAACAUAGCACAAUUUGACAGAUGGCGUGACAGCUUUAGCUCAGCUCUAUGCUCUAUACUCUCAUAGAGCACGCUCUUUCAACUAAUGACAGCACGCGUGAUAUCCGAACUUUAUUAUAAAUAUCUUUAUUAUUAGGUUACACUAAAAUAUAAAACGUGUUGCAUAAUAGUGCAACUGUUCGUUCAAACUAGCGCUGCCAUACAAUUAAUAUUAUUUAAGGUUACUUCCCAUCUUCAGAAGCCGAAAAACUGAUUUUUUCUUUCGUAUGACUAAACUACGAGGGUGAGAAGUAACUUUGCUUAGCCGACAUCACACACAAUGAUAUAUGAGCAUAAUCACGUGACUUCGGUCAAAGGUGUGCUAACCAAUAGAAUAAAGAUUAUAUUAUAAUAUCUAAGGUAUUUAUCCAAAUAGGAAAAAAAUAUUUACCUUGUCUUUUUUUUACAGCAGUAUACAGAUAGCAGUCAUUAUAAUGGCAUCCCGCUCCGGCAAAUGUUCCAUCUGUAAUUUUUUUUAACCAACCUUUUCGAAGUAUUAAAAAUCUCUCCCUACAUUUCUUUGUAAAAAUUUGACGUUAUUUUUAGAGUUACAUUUCUAAAAAACCGUUUACGCUUCGCGAGCGCGUGGCCACUAUAGUUGGCGAUGCUAGCGCAAAAAAAUUUUGAGCACAUUAUUUCCGAUCAAUUUAGUCGCUCUUUAGCUGGAUUUCAAACCUCAGGGUACGUGCUUAUAUUACGUUUGAAAAAAACAUUUUAAAGUAAACAUUUAACUCGUGAUCCUCUCAUAAUGAAUAUAUUAGUCAUCAUAGACCUAUCAGAAGGACGGGCAUUAAUUGAUUUUUUUAAAUUUAUAUCAUAAACAGACGGACCAGUAUUCAGUUUCCAUUACUCUCUCACUUCGUUGUUUGCUUAACAGCUUUUCUGUAGAGGCCUUCCUGUCAUCGCAGAUAAACCAUGGCUUUGAGGGAUAAUCGAGUUUUACCACGCAUGAUUUGUGCUGUAGGUAUGUGUAAAGGAACGUAGCCAUAAGAUUGUGAUUCCACGCUUACCCAAAGACGACAACUGCUCCCACGCAAAGUAUAAUACAGCGUCUAGCUUACAUGUGUAUUUCUCGGCGUAUACGUAGGUAGGAUACCAACUGCAGAGUAAACUUUUAUAAAAUAAUAUCAUAUCAAAAAAUUUUUGAAUACACCUUUUGCUCUGUGGAUAUUUCAGAAAUGGUAUAACUAAUCGUACCCACGCAACGCGAAAAGUUAAAAUUUUGGAGAAACCGGAAAAGUAAACACGAUGCGCAGUAAAGUUUUAUUAAUCAUCUUUUCCCAAAAACAAGCUCAAGUGAAAGAAGACCAUUUAAAUAACUUACUUUCAACGAAAAAAGCGAUAGAUGCAUCUUAAGUUUUUAAUUUAAAAUUAAGAUAAAAGAUAAAAAUCAAUAAUUUUUUGCGCACGUGUGCGCACAAGUGAAUAUGCAAAUUUAUCAGUGUGUGGAGAGAUCUCGUGUUACAUGGAAUUUCUAAAUUAGAAGAGAGACGAAACUGACCAAGGAACGUUUCGGGAAGAAAGCUUUAUUCAAAACAGUUCUUGAUUUCCGUCUCUCGCUUAAGUCCCCCACGCGGCACGGGCGGUUACGGGCGGUUCAGGCGUCAAUAGGAACUUCCUGUCAAAAUGAAAAGUGAUAGUAAUAAGAAGAAAAAAGCUAGAGCCAUACACUAAUAGCCAUAACAGGAAGGAGUUUAAAUGCACGAGAAUUUCUGCCCAAAAUUUUAAUGCCUCGGUCAGGAUCAUGUCAGCAGUAACACCUGUUUCUAUGAAGGAAUAGUUACUGAUUCAAGCUCUGUUCACUGCAUAAUAAUAUACAUGGAAAAAUUACUCAGUUCUGAUUGGUUAAGAUAAAUGCAGUUUUCAGGUAAUUCAGUGCAGAAGAGAGUUAAUUUAGUGCAGAAGGUUAAUUCAGUGCAAAGAAAGAAACAAGUCAGACAUUCUGAUUAGUUAAUAAUCAAAGAAACUCGCAGAUAGCCAAUCAAAUGCGAGCCUUGGAUAUCGCAACAAAAUUUGAAAAUUUGAAAAUUUGCGAGCGAAACAAUGGCCGGUGUUUUAAGUAGGUUUUCUUUCGCCACCGCAGCUGAAAAACAGCUUAAACAACGAAAACAUUGUAAAAGCGCUGCUUUUUGGUUGUCCGUUUGGAAAAAGUGGUGUUUAGAGAAGGGAAUUGCCGAGGAAAUCGAAAAUUACGAGCCGACCUAGCUUAACACUUUGCUCGAGCGAUCCAACGCCGAAAUUUAAAACAAACAUGGUUAAACCUCGGAAACGACGAUUCCAUUUCAUCGAAAGUGAUUCGGACACAGACUGAACAAUUCCUUGAACUGUUAAGCCGCACUUUGAACUUUUUUGCACCUUUAAGAUGUGAAGAUAUCAUUGCAUAUUAUUGUUUUGAUCGUACGCACGGUUUGAAUAAAUUAUUUUUUGCACUUGAUACGCGCGCUUUGCUUAUGUUUAAUUAUGAUAGACCAUCUCGUAUUUUUCCAUGUUUAUUAUUGACACGUAAUCACAUGAUUUUUCUCGUGCAAUUUGGAAUAAACAAGCACUUGUUAAUUUUUUCAAAGACCUCAAAUUGCACUCGCCCUACGGGCUCGUGCAAUUUUGUUAGUCUUUGAAAAAAUUUACUCGUGCUUAUUUAUUCCAAAUUGCACUCGAAAUCAUGUGAUUACCUAUACAAAUAUUUUUUCCACGACACGAUUGAAAAUUCGCAGUAUAUUUCUUUUCCCAUAGUUUUGUAGACUAAUCUUUUCGCAAGUGUCCCUCUACUUUCACUUCUAUCGAAAACAUUUAACAUUUAACUUCCUUUUCUGAAAAUGAUAACUGAUGAAGUAAAAUUUAUAAAUUUAACUAGGAAAAAACAAAUUUGAAGCAGUAGAAUGACUAUUUUGACCAUGAUUUCGAUUCCUCGGUUUGAAACUAAUCAGCAAAAACUCAUAUUCCUAGAAGCUCGAGAAUUUCUAAUCAAAAUAUUAAUUAAUUUAUUACUUUGUUCGUGGCUCUUGUGUUGAUAAAUCAAUUGUCUGUCUUGGUGGGUACCUAAUUUCUAUUUCGUUUUGUUGCUGGUGUUUUUUGUUUGUUUGUUUGUUUUUUUUUUCCAGGUAUAUCGUUUGGUAAUUAUACUUAUAUCUCGUAGGAAACGUAGCUACAACUGACAGAAUGACUACUCAAGAAGACAUUGCUUUGUGUGUGAUACAUCACAGCUUUUAUCCACAUGACAAUGAACAAAUCAGAGCUACCCCAUGGCAGCGUUACAGAGUUGACCAGCAGUCGACAUUGCUUAAUUUAUCUUUUGUAAUUGCACUGAUGUCAAAAGAAAGUCAAGAAAUAUGGAUCAGUGAUUUAGCACCAUCACGUCCAAACGAGCUUGUUGUGGUGAGUGAUUACUGAGGUUAUGGCAGAUGGAAAUUAAAAAAAAAUUACUUCUUGCCACCCGUCAUUUACUGUUUAAAUAAUUUAACUAUGGCGUUAAAGAUUAUGAUAAGUGAGGAAGAUCAGAGUUCAUUUAUUCCAUUUUCCGGUGCUGUAAACAUAUCAAGCUUGAGCACGCUAAAAUUAUGUGCUCGCAUAAUAUACGUGCACUUCUUAAGUUCAGUGGUGUAUCUGGGUGAUCGGUGAUCGGUGAUCGGUGAUCGGUGAUCGGCGAUCGCUACAAUCUUGCUUACAUUAGUUACACAUAACUUGGAAAUCAUUAUAGUAACAUAAUACCGACCCACCGUUCCCAGCUGGUGUGAGGCUGGUACCUGCGGCUGGUGUCUGAGUGUAAUAUUUCCAAAAUGGUAAAAUUUAAAACGGAGAAAUAAAUUCUCUAAGAAAGGAUCGAAUUCAAUUCGUCUAUAAUAAAGAGGUCUUUUUAUCAUGUAUGCUUCGCUCUCUAUUGUACUUUUUUUUUCAAAGACCUGGCAGCACAUUUUCUUUAAUCAGUUAGCACAACAAAUCGCCUCUAAAUUAAAUUCUGAAGAAAUAGUUUUGCACCGAGACAAGAAUACUUCGCCUCGAGAGUAUCCUUCAUUCCUUCACUUUCUUCCCUUUAAACCAGAAAAUAACGAUAAUGCUGAGUUUAAGAAUUUAUGAUACUCUCCUUUAAGUGUUAGAUUCAAACGUUUCCUCUGCUUUUCUUCCUAGAAUAAUGGUGCUUACAAGAUGAUAUUGCAAGCAUAUCCGAACAGAGGUGUUGUUAUAAGCAAUUCCUCGGUGGACUGUGAAGGGAGACAGCUUCCCCCUCAUGCUCGCCUACUCACUGUCUUGCUUCCUGCUGGUGGUCCCAAUAUUUACAAUGCCACCCUACAGCUUACCAAAGAGCUGGAAGGCAGAGAAGUUGUAUGCGACGAGAUUAUAUUCACUGUAGCAACAAAUCUUCCUGAUGGAAACCAAGUUCAUUUUCACGAAAAAGGGAAUAUUUUUUACAUUGAUUACCCGCUUCCAAAACUUAAACUUGCAGGUCAGUGUUCCACUGAAACUAUAUAAGAAAGUGAUUUCUCUUCCUGUUUAUUAUUAUGAUUAUUAUUAUUAUUUACUAGUCAACGUUUGAACAAAAGAAAAAGACGGAUACUUAGAUUGAUAAACAAAUAUAUUCUUUAGAAAGAACGUUAACAAGACAAGUUACAAAUUUAAAGAAGCUAAGAUUUAUCCAUAUAUCCAUUUACUCCUAUAUUCAUCUAUUUAUUUCAGUAUUUAUUGAUUUACUCAAUCAAUAGGAGUACUGACGCGACCUUUUGCAUGGAAUAUCAUAAUGCACUUUGAGAAACUGUCAGAUAAUGGUAAGCUAGAUAGUUGUAAUGGGCUUUCUCUAAAGUAGGGCAUCGUCCUACAAUCAAAAUUAACUGUUCCUGAUUGAAUGUCCUAUUGAGCCCAGCUUUGUUUUAAAUUGUUCUCACUUUUUCCAUAAUGUUCUCCUUCGUUGAUUAUUAAUUGUUCAGAAAUAUCUUUUCCUAGUAAAAAUGAACGUCCAAGGAGGGUAGCAUGAUCAUCCCUCCUUUAACUGCCUGUUACUAGCAUUUGAAACUGUCUUGACAGGCGCGACAAGAAAUGUAAUUAGCCACAACUGUCUUACAGGAAGAAGACAAAAACUAUGAAGCAAAGUGCUAGUUGUCAUUUGCCAUUAACCAGUAUGAUUUAAGCGAGUGUAAAAGACGCAAAAACACUCUUACGGGUCUUUACGAUACAAUGUUACACAGUCUACUGGAGUAGAUCAAGAUGAUUAGCUCAAGGAUGUUGUGUGUGGUCAUAAACAAGAGGGGAUUAUACCAGUGCACUGAGAACGUUUACUCCUUAUUUACCUAUUAUAUAUUCAUGCAUUUAUCUAUCCAUUUAUUUUAUAUUCAGGGAAAUAUUCAUUGUACAGACAACACAGAAAGAGCUUGGAAAGGUGGGCCAAGACAACACCCCAAUAUCAAGAUCUGGUUGCAAUGGUUCUGAACGAGGUACUACGCCAAUUAAACCACUUUCAAAUUAAUCUAAUCAUCGGAAGGGGGGAAGGGGUUAACUGUGAUUAUCCCACGACUAAAUCUGCACACAGCACAAGCUUAAUUCAUGAUUAAUGCCUUUGCAGCCUCAGUAAUGGUAUCAUUUCACAGUCUCAAUCUUAAUCUGCGAGAAGGAUUAAAGGAACAGAAAACUCACUACAUCUAAAAAAUUGCAUGGAAUGUACUUUCUCAUUUUUGCUAGGAAGGUGUGGCGUGCCUUAUCCGAAAUAGGCUCGAAGAGGGAGUUAAUCUCGCGAGAAAAGCCUGCCGUUUGUCCUCAUUCCACAACUGUGUGAACGACCGCACUAUCCGCGGUUAUGCAUCAGCUGUGUAUGCCGCUGCGGAACGAUUUGCUGGUGAUCAAGACGGUGCCAAACAAUAUCUCCAAGAUGCUUUGGAGGUGAGAACACUUGUAUGUGGAUUUUCUCCCUGACUUUUGGCUAUUUCGGUAAAAAGCUUUGAGAUAAUUGGCUAUCCUAAAACAAGGAAAGAUGAACUUCCACUCUUUCUCUCUGCUUAACCUACUUUUGGUAUUGAUUGCUAUCAAGGUGAGAUAAAGAAAACGUAGCAAAAAGAGUUCAGUUUAAACUCGUUCGGCUCAAGUUUCUUCUCAUUCGGUUACACAAGGGGAAGUGGCUGACCUAAAUGUUGACAACCACUUAUUUUGAUUGAUUUCUUCCCCCUCCAUUGACCAUCUCAAUGUACUACUGUAAGCUAAGCGGCUUGAAACUUUUAAACCACCCACAGAUAUUUGAACCAAUGGAACCAUCUUCCUACACAUCAAUAACACUCUACAAUAUUGGUGCAAUAGCCAUGGAGAGAUCUGCCACCGUGGGAGUAAGCAAUGACGAGGAAAGAGAGGCAGAGAGUUUCCUCCAGAUGGCAGCCACGCACUGGAAUCAUCAAAACCUAAACACAACAGCUCGCAUGCUUCCUCGAGUGUACAAUCGAUUGAUUGGCCUGUACCUCAAGUCCUCUCCAAAUACAGCACCAAACCUUGACGUCACCGUAUCCCAAGACAACCUGAGACGUGCUGGCGAGGUAAUCAGGAGAUUUGAAGUCCUCCUUCCUCAAUGCUUCAAAUGGAUGAAGAGUACAUUUUACCUUGGCAAGGCGGAUCACUAUAUCAGGUUAAGAGAUAUUAACGACGGUAAGAACGACUCCGCGAUUAUCUUCAUUAAAGAAAACUUACUAGAAAAUUACUACUUUCGUGUGAACCCUUUGUGUCAUGUCAAUUAAGACUAUUCUAUAGGUUAUGAGUUAGAAAUGACUUAGUUGCUUCAAUCGACGUUUAGCUGCUUGUUGAUUGCUCGGCUUAUCAUCGAUUGACUGAUUAAUGGUAUAUCACGAUCGAUUGCAAUUCUAAACAGGAAUCGAAAUAUUUGACCAUAGGUUUAAGGGCUGCAGAGCAAGCCUUGGAUAUAUCCAGGCAGUCAGGAUUACAGAGAGAAGCAGCAGGGGCAGUGAGCAGAGUGAAUCUGUUGAGAGGGCUUGAUGACCUCAGAAGACGACCCCCAAUUGUUCCCGAUUGUAUGGACUAG